GCCUGCGCCGCCGCCUCCGUCGCCACAAUCAGACAUUGGCCGCGCGCGCGCCCCCGCCAACCACGGGGCGCCGCAGGCCAGGCUCCGCAGCCGCACUCGUCUAGGACUGCCAGGCCAAGGCCAGGUUCGGUUCCAGCCUCGAUGUCCGCAGCACCUGCAGCCCUGAACAUCCCCCUCCCUUCCCGCUCCCAGCCUGCGGCUUCUAGUGAUUGCAUUCUGUCCCACGCGGCUUUAGCCGCCGCCGCCGCCGCCGCCGCUCAGUGCUCUUCUUCCCACACCCGUGGAAGCAAUUUGUUGAUGUCACUUUCUGUGAAAAAGUCCUGUGGUGACCUGAAUGCCCACAUCUUUCAGACAGGUAACAAAUUACCUUGUAUCUUUAGCUUUACUGAUACUUGUCCAAACAAUUUGGAUUUGGUCCUGCUUAUCUAAUUGGCAGUGUGUUUUUAAAUGGGACUUAAUGCUCAAGAGAACGGAGAUUUUUCUCAAACACGUUUUUAGAGUUUUAUUUAGCUGUAUAUUUCAGCUUUUACAACAUUUGUGGAGGAGGGUACAUGUGCUGAGAGGGAGGUGCACAAGGGGAGGGGGGAACUCUCUCCUUCUUCCGGGUGGGUCCCAGGCAUCGAACUCAGGUUGUCACGCUUGGCAGCAAACACCUUUCCCAGCCAAGCCAUGUCCCUGGGUAACUGAUGACAACUCCUUCAACUGAAUACUUUCCAGUCGUUAAAAAGAAAUGUUUUUUUUUAGGUACUUGUUUCAAAUAACCUGGUUCACUGCCAUAAUGUAAAUGUUAACUGUCUACCCUGCUGAAUAAGGUAGUCACUAGCCCCAUGUGGCUACUGAACACCUGAAAUUUGGCUGUGACUAGAGUUGACUUGUCUUUUACUUAAUUUCCAUUGGAAUAGCUACAUGUUGCUAGUGUUUACCUUAUUGGAAAAUGAUACCAUAUAUUAAGCUCUCAGUGUCGUCCUCAUUCCCCGGGGGAAAAAGGCAUGAGUGAGAUUACCAAUUGUUACCUCCAGGAAGCUGUAGAAGACAUCUUCUCUGCUUUUCCAGCAUCUGAUUUUCCUGUGGGGUGGCCUGUCCCUCUAUACCAGUGGUUCUUAACCUGUGUGUUGAGACCAUCGGAAAACACAGGUAUUUACAUUACAAUUCAUAACAGUAGCAAAAUUAUAGUUACGAAGGAGCAAGUAAAGUGAUUUUACGUUGGGGGUCACCACAGCCCGACGGUCGUAUUAAAGGGUCGCAGCAUCAGGGAGGCCAAGACCCGCUGCUCUAUACAACAGAGUCUGUAGCAUCUGAAUUGAGCCCAAGAAGAUGCCACCUCAGGCAUAGGCUGAAGCACAGAGCACGACCUAAAAAGCAGCCUUGUUCCGGUUCCUGGCCACAGUUAUUGGUUCAGGCUUGGGCAUGUGACCUAAUUUAGGCCCAUAUAAGAGAAGCUUUGAUCUCCAGCUCACUUAGCCUCACACUGAGAUACUGCAGUCCUUGUUUUUAAAAAGGCUUUGCGUCUUCUAAAAAUGCUCUUGUAUUUCACAAUGUAAAUGUACCGAAUACCGUGAGCUGAACACUUUUAAAUGGUUCAGAUUAAGGCAGGGCCUGAUGAUCCAUGCUGGAAGUCUAGCACCCAGUUCAGAUUAAGGUGGGGCCUGAUGAUCCGUGCUGGAAGCCUAGGCAUAUGAGAAAACAAAUCCUUACCUUACCGCAUCCACAGUACAACAUCUGCAUGGAUUAGAUAACUUAAAAACAAAUGUGGCUGAUUUUAGAAUCUGUGGUCUCCCUGCUCUUUGGCCUCACUUCUAUCAACCAUCAUUCAGUUCGGUUUUCCUCAAGUUACCAGUUUGAGUGAAUCCUCUUUAUUCUGUGGAAUCCUGUUACCAAAAAAGAAAGGGAAAGUUUUUUUAAUUUAAAAAUUUUUAUUUAAUUUCCCAUAUCACCACUACCCAUGCAAUAUGUCAUGACUAUGAGUUAUUAAAUUUUAUCUUUUAGGAAACCAGUACUAUUGGGUGACUAUGGCAUUCUGUGGAGCUCAGUCUUCUGAAGGUCAUAGCAUGAAUAAUUCUUGAAGAUUGGGCAUGUAGCUCAGUGGUAGAUUGCUUGCCUAACAUGUGUGAGGUUGAAACCCUGCAAAAUUUUUUCUCAAUUAAAAAAACUGCAAAAUAUAGUCAUGUAUGUUGGUAUAUUUCUAUAAAUCCAAAGUCAGCCUCGGCUACAAAAAAUAGAUAUAGGUAGGUAGGUAGAUAGAUAGAUAAGACACUGUCGAGGUCUUUCCCUUCCUUGGUUAGCAUUACUCCUGGCAUUUACUUUACUUUUUGAAGUUAUUAUGAAUUUAUUGUUUCUGUUUUAUUACACAUAGCAAGCUCAUUAUAGAGAUGCAGAGAAUUUACUGAUUUUUCUGGUGUCUUUAGGGUCUUUUAAGUCUUCAAUUACAUAGUUUGUAAACAGGGCUAAUUUAACUUCUUACUUACAAAUGGUGUGUUAGCUAGUUUUAUUUCCAUUUGACACAAGCUACAGUCACUGGAGAGGAGAGCACCUCAAUUGAGAAAAUGACUCCAUAAUCCAGCUGCAGGCAAACCUGUAGGGAAUUCUCUCAAUUAGUAAUUAAUGGGGAAGCACUCCAGCCCAUGGUGGGUGGUGCCAUCCCUGGCUGGAAGUCCUGGGGGUCUAUAAGAAAACAGGCUGAGCAGCCAUGGGGAGCAAGCCAGAAAGCAGCACCCCUCCAUGACCUCUGCAUCAGCUCCUGCCUCCAGGUUCCUCCCCUGCUUGAGUUCCUGUCCUGACUUCCUUCGAUGAACAGUGAUGUGGAAGUUCAUAAGAAAAAAGUACAUAAAAAAAGUAGAGUUACAGUCUUGAAGCGGUGGAAGAGCUGCCAGUCAAUACAAUGUCUGAAGAUGAGAAUAAGGUGGAGCCUGAAGGAGUCUUUAGAUCCGAGUCACUGGAGGAGCCUGGAUUUAUUGAAGAAGCACCAGAGUUCUUAGAUGAAUCUUUUCCGUACUUGGGAAGGAGAGAAUCCAAUCAGAUUUAUGAAGAAAAUCCUUUAAAGGGCCUAGAACAGCCAACAGCUUCCUCUUCAAGCCUGCUUAACACAGAUGAAGAGAAAAAGAAAACAAUUCCGUUUUCUGAUACCAGCAUAGACGAUGUCACCCCACUGUCAAAACCAGAGUCACCCCAGGGCUCCGUGUCAUCGGAGAUGGUGGAAACUGAAGACUAUGCACAAGUCAUAUUCCCAUCUGAGGACAAAGGUAGUCCACAAGCCUCUGAAGAAAGUGAGAAAGAACUGGACUCAGAGGAAGAUAACUUUACAGUUAAUCUUGAGGCCAAGGGUUUACAAGAAUUCCCUGUGGACCUUUUAAGAGUCCAAUAUGUAAAAUAUCUAUAUUUAGAUAAGAAUCAAAUAAAAACUUUCCAAGGGGCAGAUCCAGGGGAUCUGCUAGGACUUGAGAUUCUGUCCCUGCAAGAAAAUGGACUGCCAUUAAUUCCCUUGGAAAUUCAGUUGCUUCACAAUUUAAGGAUACUAAAUGCCAGUUACAACCAGAUAUCAUACAUACCUAAAGAACUAUUACAACUUGGGAAUAUGAGACAACUCUUUCUAAAUAGUAAUUAUAUUGAGGAUUUACCUUCUUCUGGCUUGGAAAAUCUUGCAAAUUUGGAAACGUUAAGUUUGGGUAAAAAUAAGUUAGCACAUAUACCAGAGUCUCUGUCUAGUUUGAAAAACUUGCAAAUUCUUAAUCUGGAAUAUAACCAUUUAACAAUAUUUUCUAAAUCCCUUUGCUUCCUUCCAAAAUUAGCUUCACUAAACCUUACUGGAAACAUGAUAGGCAGUUUGCCUAAAGAAGUUAGGGAGCUGAAAAACUUAGAACAACUUUUAAUGGAUCAUAAUAAACUUACUUUUUUGUCUGUGGAAAUUUUUCAGUUGCCCAAAAUAAAAGAACUUCAGCUAGCUGAUAAUAAAUUGGAAGCUAUUUCGCCUAAAAUUGAGAAUUUCAGAGAACUCAGACUUCUUAACCUUGAUAAAAACUUGUUAACAAACAUACCAAAGAAAAUUUCCCACUGUGUAAUGUUGGAAUGUCUUAGUCUCAGUGAUAAUAACAUAGAAGAGCUUCCUAGGAAAAUCCAUAGGCUUAAAAAUUUGAGACAACUUCAUGUAAACAGAAAUAAAAUGAUAAAAAUGGCUGAAGAAAUCUCACAUCUUAGUAAUAUAGACAGCCUGGAGUUUUCAGGCAAUCAAAUCACACAUGUUCCGAUUGAAAUAAAAAACUGCAGAAAAAUAACCAGAGUUGAAUUAAAUUAUAACAAUAUAAUGUAUUUCCCAGUGGGGUUGUGUGCAUUACCGUCACUUGACUACUUGAGUUUUAAUGGAAAUUAUAUUUCAGAAAUCCCUAUGGAUAUAUCUUUCAGUAAGCAGCUGCUUCAUUUAGAGUUGAAUAGAAACAAACUCCCCAUAUUUUCAGAACACAUAUGUUCUCUCACAAAUCUUGAAUACCUGGAUCUUGGUAGAAACCAAAUAAAGACAAUUCCGCCCUGUAUCUCUGCUAUGGUAUCACUCCAUGUGCUCAUUCUGGCUGGUAAUAAGUUUGCGAUUUUCCCAAAGGAACUGUGUGCUUUAAAAAACUUGCAAGUACUUGAUAUUUCAGAAAAUCAGUUACAGAAAAUAACUUCAGAAAUAUCUAAGCUAAAAGGGAUCCAGAAAUUAAACUUAUCAAGCAAUCAGUUCAUACAUUUCCCUCUUGAAGUGUGCCAACUUCCAACACUGGAGGAGCUGAAUAUAAGUCAGACAAGUGGGAAAAAGUUAACAAGAAUUCCAGAAGAUCUGUGUUAUAUGACUCAACUCAAAACACUCGACAUCUCGAACAAUGCAAUCAAAGAGAUUCCAAGAAAUAUAGGGGAGCUGAGCAGUCUGAUUAGUCUACUUGCAUACAACAAUCAAAUAAGUACUCUUCCACCAUCCUUUCUGUCUUUAAAAGUUCUACAGCACCUAGACAUCAGAGGAAACAGUCUGACAGCCCUGCCUAGUGCUAUCUAUAGUCUUUUGUCGUUGAAAGAGAUAAAUUUUGAUGACAAUCCUUUGUUGAGACCACCGAUGGAAAUCUGUAGAGGAAAACAGCUGCAUACUAUCACACAGUAUCUCCAAAGAGCAGAUGAAAGAGACGAGAAAAUCUUAGAGAAGAUAUUCAACGUAGUGGCCAACAAUAUCAGUGAAAUAAACUUUGAAUUUUUGCAACAAAAACUAAACAUGAAAAGCUCAGAAAGCAUCAGCUCUGUAAGGAAUACUACUCCAUUGUUAAAUGAAAGAAUCUACCAAGCCUUUGUUAAGUGGAAAGCAGAUCAGAACGUGUUACUCACAGCUACGGCCUUAAGAGACCAACUUGUUCGGGGACUAAAUAUGAUUGGUGCCUACGACAUAAUGGAUAAGAUCACAGCUUUGAAUCUUUAUACAAGUGCCAUCAAACUCUAGCCGGUGGAUCUGAGUAGAAGCUGAAAACUUACAAUGCACUCACAGAAUAUGAUACAAGGGAAUUAUUUGCAUAUAGUGUCUCUUUUUUUGUUUCUAGUAGUUAUUUCUUUCAUUUGUGUGUGUGAACAUGUAUGUGCUGCAGUUGGCCUGUGCAAGUCCAAGGGAAACGUCAGGUACCGAUUUUCCCCUUCUAUCACGUAGCUCCAGAGCCUGAAAUCAAGGCAUCAGGCUUAGCCCACAUCAUGUCUCUGUUCAUUACUAAGAGAUGCUGUGAGUCUGUGCCUCCCAGUCUAGUUUUAUCACAAAAAAUAUUACAGACAAGGCUUUGUAUGUUUUUCUGCUAUUGAAUUUGAAAAUAAUUCUAUUAAAUAUAUUAAUAUAAUACUCUUA